AUGUUUGUUAAAGGCACUAAGAGAGGCACUGAACCUGUAGAAGAAUAUCGCAGGAAAGCGAAAAGGCAUUUUAUGGAGACUAUGUUUCCGUAUCCAUUAGCUGCAAUGAAACACUACAACGAUGGACUAAAAGAGGAAGAGCAAUACAAGGUUACUGAUAAUCAUGAUGACCUGUGCCAUUUUUUUAAAAAACUUGGCUUUAUACGUCUACUGCACUUUAUAGCUGAGCCUAAAUAUCCUAAAAACACGCCCAAUACAUCAGAGGAUACCACUAAGCACUUCUAUGCCAGGAUGCAUCAAAUGCCUAAUCGUGAAACUCAUGUGGAUUACUGUAAACUGUAUGAAGAACCCCCAGAAUGUGGUACCUUAAUUACCCAAGUCAUUCCCUUGUGCUGUGAAACUUGUGGUCUUAAGGAUCUGAAAGCCCUUGAGACAAAAUCAAUGGAAUUGAGUGCUGAAGGUGAAGGAGAAAAGGAGGAGUAUUGGAAUGGUUAUCACACUUCCACUCCUCCAAAAAUUAUGGUGGCACGCAGAAGAAACCCAGAGGUCAUAGCAGAACAAGCCACCAGGAGAAAGAGAAAACGUUGA